GGACCUCGUCUCUCCUCUACAGCCUCUCCUGUCAACCUCUGAGACAAAGAAGAGCUGACACGUGUGGAGGACCUCUGUGAUCUAAUAUCUGACUCUGACCACAGAGGACGAGCAGCUUGGAUAAACUCUGAGAUCAUCGACAGACUGGAGGCCAUCUUGGAGAGGCCGACAGCAGCAGCAGCAGCUCCAGCAGGGGCCCUCCUGAUACCUCCUCACUCCCCGGCUGCAACGCCCCCUGCUGGUCAGCAUGGAUCCCAGAGCAGGACGGCUGCCGCUCCAGGUGCUGGGAGAGAACGAGGCGCUGCAGCAGUUCUUCAGUGGUCAGGAUGUGAGUGGUGUGUUGGACAGUUCUGGUGCAGUAGACACGAGCAUCCUGGAGCAGUACCUCAGCAAUGACAUGGACCCCAACAGCUUCAUGCUCCCUGAGUCUCCUCCUGACUCGAGCUCAGAGGCCUGUUCACCUCCACAGAUACCAGACUUCCACUAUGAAGCGCCCUAUUGGUCCAACCAGCAGAACACCCAGGAAGUGUUCCAGUCAACACAGCGGCCUGCCCCCUCAUCGUCCUGUCGCUUUAAGAAUCGAGGUCCCAUCCCCGCCCACAAUGAGCUGCUGACCCAUGAACAGCUCCACAGUUUGGGCCUCACAAACACUUACAUCAAGUCUGGGACCUCACCUGCCCCACCCCCUCCACCUGCCCCCCUGCACCAACAAACUCACCAGGUGUCCGCUCCACCUGCCCCCCUGCACCAACAAACUCACCAGGUGUCCGCUCCACCUGCCCCCCUGCACCAGCACACGCACCAUCUACCUGAACACACACACUACCUGAGUCCAGAGAGCUGCUUGCAGGCUUACACCCCUCCCACACCUCCUUCCCCACCAGUGCCCCCCUCAAACAGCUACGCCACACCCUGCACUGUUCCAGGUGUGGUCCCACAUGUAUCCACGCCCCCUUCAACCUGUCAGCUGGGCUCCGCCUCCACACUACACGUCUGCUCCUCAGAGAGUAAAAAGAGGAGGAGAUCUGAGUCUGAGUCUGAGGAGCCAUCAACAGGAAUCAAGGCUUCCUGCAAUGAAAGUGACGCAACUCAAGGCGGCAGUGUAGGAAAUGGUGUAGGUGGUUUGGGAUCCUACCAGCUGCUGACUUGGGAGCAGUACAGACCAGAACAUUGGAGCACUUUGUACGACAGCAGCUACCAGACAAUGUCUCCUCCUGCCUACCACGUCGACACAGAUAAAGGCUUCAACUACUCUGCAGCUGACGAAGCCUUCGUCUGCCAGAAGAAGAACCACUUCCAGGUCACCGUUCAUAUCGGCGUGGCCGCAGAGCCACAAUACGUCAGAACGUUAAGUGGGCCGCAGCAGGUCGACCACUUCCUGAUAAAAGUGUUUGGGAUCAAGCUGGAGUCUCCGAGCCACCAGGUGACGAUUGAGCAGUCUCAGCCUGACCGCAGCAAGAAGCCCUUCCACCCUGUCAGGGUCAGUCUGCCCAGCGGCAAAAUCACCAAGGUAACGCUCGGACGACUGCACUUCAGCGAGACGACAUCCAACAACAUGAGGAAGAAAGGCAAACCCAACCCUGACCAGAGAUAUUUUCAGAUGGUGGUUGGUCUGUACGCUGCAGUGGGAGGAGACGAGACGUUCCUCCUCACAGCUCUGGUGUCGGAGAGAAUCAUCGUCAGGGCCUCUAACCCUGGUCAGUUUGAGACGGACGGGGACGCCCUGUGGCAGCGUGGGGCAAUGCAGGACGCCGUGGUCUGUCAGGGACGAGUGGGCAUCAACACCGACUCCCCUGAUGAGGCGUUAGUGGUCUGUGGUAACGCCAAGGUGAUGGGCGCCGUCAUGCAGCCAUCAGACGACCGUGCCAAAGAGAACAUCCAGGAGGUUGACUCUGAGCAGCAGCUGAAGAGAAUCACUCAGAUGAGAUUAGUUGAGUUUGAUUAUAAACCAGAGUUUGCCUCCGUCAUGGGAAUAGACCACACCCACCAGACAGGUAUAAUAGCUCAGGAGGUGAAGGAGCUGCUGCCAUCAGCCGUGAUGGAGGUCGGAGACGUUACCUGUUCUGACGGAGAGACAAUUGAAAACUUCCUCAUGGUGGACAAAGAGCAGAUCUUCAUGGAGAACGUUGGGGCGGUGCAGCAGCUGUCGAAGCUCACCGACAACCUGGACACUCGAAUCAAAGAGCUGGAGGUCUGGAGUCGCCGACUGGCCAAGCUGAAGAGUCUGACCGGCAGCCUGCGCUCCACUGGGAUACCCAGGAAAGCCAGCAGUGUGUCGAUGACACAGGGUCCUGACACAUGUAAGACUGGGAAGGUUCAGAAGGAAGGCUGGAGUCAGAAGUACAGCAGCUGUCUGCAGCAUAAAGUCUUCCAGGCCAGCAUCUUCACCCUGCUGGCCACCAUGGCUUUCUGCGUCAUCUCUAUCACUGCUCUCUACCUACUGAAUUUGAGGGAGGACGACUAUAAUAUCUUUCCCGGCAUCAGUAACGGCAGCGUGGUUCCUCCGCAGACCACAGCCUGGAGCAGCACAGUCCAACCGUCCUCUCCUCCCGGCCCUUGGCCACCAGACAUGGACUUCUGCGACCUGCUGUACUGUGAACAGGUGUACUGCUGCACUCCACCAGCAGGGGGCAGCACUGACUCUAAUAUCACCUCCACUGAAUCACCUGCAGAGGAAAAUUCUGAUAUUGCAGAGGAAAGAAGAGAAAAACUUUACCAGAAGCUGAAAAAUGCCAAAGACUGGACAAACACGACCUUACAGUCUUUAAUGAUCAAAGAGAACCAGCAGGUGAUCGACAGCAAAUACUGUCUAAGAGACGAAUGUGGGCCAGGUAGAUACACCUUCAGAGUUCCCAUCAGCCAGUUUGUCCCAGACAACAUGAGAGUCACCCUGGUCAUGAACUCCACAGAGGUGCUGGUGGUUCAUCUGUGCAGCCUUGAUGAGUCAACGGCCUGCUCUGCUAUGCUGGAUAUAGACACUGUCACUGGAAGCAGAUACCCAUCAAACACACAGGGAGAACAUGAGUGGCCUCUUCAUGUCGCUCGUCUUUAUCACAGCUCAUAUCACUUUCGCUCCACAGUGGCUGGUCAAGCAGACUGCAGUACUGACUAUUACUACGCGGGGGCGCGCUUCACUGACUACUACUUCCAUUUCUACAGACGCUGCACACACACAUAGACAAACAAUUAAAGAUAAAAUUAAAAAAACAUUAAACUAUUAAAUGCAAAUAUGUUAAAUAUUUGCUUUUUUUAACACAAAGGUGACAAUCAGAAAAACUGAAACAGAAUUUCACCAAUUCUGCUUUUGUGUUGUUGUUUUUUUAUUGUGACAUUAGUCACUUUUGUGGAUAGAUUGUUCUGUGUGAUUGGAAAAAAAGGUUUCUCAGAUCAGACACACUAUAUAUAUAUACUAUAUCUCCCAUUAUGUACUUCUGUUUACUGCCUUUUCUUCUUAUGUCUUACCUGCUUUGUAAGAAAGUGAUUCUGAACCCGGGGGUCAGGACUCAAAAUGUGUCGCAAGAUAAGUGUGUUGGGGGGAGGGGCGGGAUGAUCAUUGUUAUAAGAAAAAACAUGUCUGCUUUCUGUGUUUUCUAGCUUUUCUUAAAUAUUGUAUCUUAAAUAUCAUGUCUUAAUAUUGACUUUUUUUUCUCAUGAAAUGCUGGAAACGUUUUUAGGCCUGUGAAAAUGAAAAGAAAAUAUUGCUGUCUGCUUGUCACAAGGGGUCACAGGCAGGCGAUGCUUUAAAAUGUCUAGACUUAAACUGAGUAAGUUUGAAAAAUGAGUAGUUUUCUGUUUUGGUUUUUAGUCAUUAUCGUGAAGUUUAUUUCUUGGAAAGUACUGAUCUCAUUCUGAUGGAUUACACCAGUAAACCAGUGUAAAUCCCAAAUUCCUGAGCAAGAAUUCUGAAAAUAAAGCCUGAAGUUUGAUCUGAGAAAUUUUGUUGCUGGUACUUCAGUUCUAGUCUCAAAGAACAAAACCCAGAGAAGACUUUCUUCUAAAUUGGGAAAUAGAAAAAACAUACUUUUAUAUAAGACUCAAGAAAAAGCAGUUAUUAAAGAGCAGAAUAUUAAAACAAACAAGAUCUAAAGUUACUUAUUAAAAGAAAUAUUGAUUAAGUUACUUCUGAGUGUAAAACUGUCGAUGUGAAUCUUUUCUAUGAGCUGAACUGAACGUGACUGAAUCCGGAACUCUUUGCUUUAUGCGAAAUAAAAAAAUAAUAAGAUAUGUUUAAAAAUUUCAUUGCAUCUGUGUUGACAUUUUACAUUUUUGCAGUGUGAGGACCAGAGGGUCCAGUUGACCUUACGGGGACUUUCAUUGACAAAGUUUAUCCCCCAGCCUGGAACCCUGACCUUAAUGUAAACCUAAUUCUAACCUUAACCCUGAGGUCUGAACCCCAAAUUAAACAUUCAAAAAGUGUUACGAAAGACUCUUCAGUCCCCAUAAUGCAGAUGAGUCUCCACAAUGGUGUCAGAUGUCAGAGGUCCCCACAGUGUCAUCAGAAUCAGAAUGGCGUGUAUUAGUAAGCAGGGUUUUCAUAUACAGGGAUUUGCCUAGUUGUUUGUUUCGUAAACAUACUAAGAGGAAAUAAAAUUAAAAGCAAUGCAAAACUCAA